CAGAAGAGAAGCCACGUGAAAGCUUCCAUCCUCAUCAGGGUGAAUGUCUGAAUGGAGAUGUCAAGCAGUAUGAACAACCAUUCCUCUCUCGGCGAGAACCUCCGUAAUGGAUCAUCUAACCUAUCUUAUGAAUCCACGUGUAGAAUCCAGGAUGGCUUUCUGAUGGAGACCCUGCCUGUCAUGUACUCCGUCAUCGCCAUCAUCGGUUUCGUCAGCAACCUCCUGGCGCUUUGGGUGUUCUCUUUUGGCAGUCUGAAAACCAACUCCAUCACAGUAUACUUGAAGCACCUUGCCAUUGCUGAUCUCUUGCUCUCCCUCUGUUUGCCCUUCCGGGUGGCUUACCAAAAACACAGCGGCCCGCCAGCUCUCUGCAAGAUGGUAGGCAUGAUCUUCUACAUCACCAUGUACGUCAGCAUUCUGCUUCUCAGCUUGAUCAGCCUGGACCGCUACUUCAAAAUCAUCAAGCCCCUGAAACAGUUCCGAAUCCACACGACGUCAUUCAGCCUCGUCAUGUCCAUUGUGGUAUGGGUCUUUUGCUUCAUCACAAUGCUUUGCUUCCUUUUGGACACUAAUAAAAGUGGGCCCUGUGACCACAAGUGCUUCCAUUUCAAGUACAGGACCACCAGCGGGGGCAUACUCAAUAUGUUGGUGGUGAUUUUCUUCUUCCUUUUGCUCUUCUUUUUCCUUUUUUCCUAUGGUAAAAUCUCGCUCAGGCUCCACGCAGUCUCUCUGAAGAAAACCCAGCAGCGCAGCAAAAGGAUGAGCACCAGAAUCGUAAUAAAGACUUUUGUGGUUUUGGUAGUCUUCAUUGUAUGCUUUGUCCCCUACCAUGUGGUCCGGAUACCCUACAUCCUUGCCCAAAUGAGGAUCAUUUCUGAACAGAACUCUCAGGUCCUCCAUCUUGCCAACGAACUGGUCCUUUGCAUUUCAACCCUCAACUGUUGUUUUGACCCUGUGAUUUUUUUCUUUCUGUCCAGCAGUUUCAAGAGAUCCUUGCUGGACGCCACUCUCCGAAAGCUGAAGUGGGUUUCUCAAAAAAAUAACCAGAGAGUAUUGUACGUCAAAUAAUCCAUCACAGACUUCAGGGUAGAGAAGGACUAAAAGUUGCAUAACUAGGAUAAACUUCUGGAUACAAGUUGUUCUUCCUAGAUCAGCCUUCUUCAAGAUGGUGAAGGCCAGAAGUUGCAAUGAAUAAAAGCCCUAGUUAAGGAUUUUUUUUAAUCCAACAAGUCCAGAAGACAUUAGGACCCAGAAACCGUGACUUAGACAUCACUUGGUGAAAAUAUCGAUAUAUGUUAAGAGGAGACACAAGCUAUGAAUGGGAUUUUUAGUCCCUACUGAGGAUGUGCUAUAUUUGAAUUUUUUUUUCUGAGAAAACCAAGAACAAAGCAAAAAAGAAGAUGAAUGUUAAAAAUAAUUCUUGAGUGCUGACAAAUUUGGUAUAUCUAAGCAGAAAACUGAGCAUGUUGCUUUUAAAAAUUUGUCAAGCUGUUCUUACGGUCUUAAAGUUUUUGUUUAUGCUUGGGCAAUAUCUUCUCUCAUGAUUCUACUUCUAAGGAAACAGGAAAUACGCUGACCAUUAUCUUCUGCAUAAUUUUUCUAGUACCUUUUAGCAAAACAAGGAACCAAAGGUUUAGGAAGGCCCUGAGCUAUUGAGAUGCAUCAUUAUUUUUGGCUUCUUUGUAAAACUCAAUUUUCUACAUAUUUAUUUCUAGAUUAAGGAAUUGUUGCUUGAAAAUGAUUUCUUGCAAGUCCUUAUUUGCUUACAGUAACCCUUUAAAUGGGAACAAUAAUUCUUGGAAGACAUUUCUCUUUACCUCUAGGAAGGAAACAAAAUCUUCCAAGAAUUAUUGUGAGUUUGAAUACAAUGGGGUAUUUCUAUAUGUCAGAUUUGGAGAUUACUAAAAAAGGGGAAAAACUGCUGCUGCUGAAUGUUAGAUGUCCAUCUAACAUUGAGAUGGUGAGAUGAACGUUAUCAUUUCUAAAAAAACCCCCGCAAAUUCAUUUAAAGAAUUUGGAGAAAUUGAUGAUAAUUUUUACUGGAGAGCAAUUUCAUUGGAUGCUUUGGCUUUUUCAAAACAAAGAUCCGAAUAGACUUGCAGUGAUUCUUAAAAUUAAAAGAGCUAAAAUCGAAGUAUUAACAUGCUUUGCGCUGAAGUAGCAAGUUCAAGAAAUAUGUGUGGUGACUCGUGAGGUCUAUCAGAUUGCAAAAUCUCACUUAUGCAACGUACAAUUAUAACUGCAAAAAGCGAUCCUUUUUUUGCUCUGCACUCACGGGUGUUCAGAAAAAAUAUUUAACAAGAAAAUUCUUGCCAUGGUUCCGUGCAAGAUUUUCUGCUCGUUAUUUCUUUCAUGUAGUUUAAUCCAGUUUAGGUUACUUUUACUCUAUUUUCAUUUGGAUUAUGGGGUGGAAUAGAGUCCGGAUUCCCAGGAAGAAGGAGCUGCACUCCAGAGGACCAAGAGACAACAAAGUUUAGAUAGUUUGGGUGGGAGAAACAAAGUUAAAACAGCUCCUCCUUAGAAGUUCUCCAAGUGUAUUUUUAAUAAUGCAAGUAGUUUGCUUUCAGUUUGGCAAGAUUUCUGUCUAGAGGUGAGGAAAAAUAAAGAAAUCUGGUUUGAAGUGA